UACCACUUCCAGAAACCAGAUGAGAUGGCACUUGUCAGUUUUAUUUGAAAAGUCCCAGGAGCACCCAGCCAGAACCCCCCAGAUCCUGAGGCCUGUGCCAACCCUCAGGGAGGUGACAGAGCAGUCCUGGCAGAAGUGGUGCCAGGUCACCCGGGCUGGGCGCUGUGUGGCAGGCUUGGGCUUAGGCCUCAUAGCCACUCUCCCUCCCUGUCCUCUGGACUCUCACUGUGGGCUGCCCAUCUCCCCUUUUAUCUCCAGCCCUGAGGAUGAGGCUGGGUGUUGGCCAGUCCUGCAGAGCCUGGCUCCCUCCCUCCUCCUCUCCCCCAUGUAGGUUCUCUCCUUCCUUUUCUUCCUGGGAGUCAGGUGGGGGCCAGGGUUCAAAAUCUGGUCCCACAGCUGCUGUCACCAGAACCCUGAGGGUCGAACCUCCUGGGUAUGGAAGCCCCAUCCCUCUGGGCCUGGCUUUACCUGCUGCAUCUUUCUCCCUUCCAGCCCUGUGGCCCCCUAGCCCAGACCUCAUCUUGCCUGGUCCUGGGCACCAGAAGCAGUCCUCCACCCCCCGCCCCCACUUCCAUCCAGUCUGAAAACCCCUGGAAACAAGUCUCUUCCAAUCGUGCCCCUUCCCCUGCCUAGUACCCCUAUCGCUCCUCUCAGCUCUCUGGAUGAAGAUCCUGUCCUCCUAGUAGCCCACAAGGCCCCAUCUUGCACAUCUUCCACUCUUCCUAUCAGGGCCACACUCACCAUCCCUCUCCUCUUCCUCCUGGGGAACCUAGACAUCCUGUGAGCAAGAACCCAGCGACUCCUAGCCCCACCCCACCCUGUUUCAUCCCUUACUUCCUCCAUCUUCCAAGUUAUCAGGGUUGUCCUCUGUCUGCCACCAACAAGACACUGGUCACCCCAUGGGGGGAAGUCCCCGGGCCCCACCCCUCACCCAGCAGCAGCCUCCUGUCUUCCUCUUGUCUCCUUUCCUGUCCUCCCCCAGUCCUCCUCAGAAUCUUCAUCUCUCAGAGCCAAGCAAGGUCCUCAGCAUGGAAGCCAUCCAGGUAAAGCCUAGCUGGGGUAUCGGCUCAAACACCUGCUCCCGUUAGUGUGGCCGCUGUGUCUCCUCGAAGUUGAACACUUCCAGGUUCUGAAGGCCCUUCUGCUUCUGGGAAGGGCAGUAGGGAGAUCUGGUGCCCUUAGGACCUAUCCCACCUGGACACCCAGGAGCUGGACUGCCUGCCCCUCCAUCCUCGGGCUCUCAGGGGGCUUCAGGGCUCCAGUGUUCUUGAUGGGGUUGCAGCUGAGGCCCAGGUAACUCCGGCCAGGUGACCACGCUGCCACCAUCUCCAGGCCCCCAAGGCCCCUACUGAGGCAGCUGACACUGAACACGAGCUGUGAGACCAUUAGGGAACCCUGGGGGCUCCAGACCCCCAUAAGCUCCCCCCACACACACUUCUCAGCCAGAAGCCUUGGACCCACAGCUGGGUGACCCUGGGGAAGAUUCAGCCUUUUGGGGGAAUCUUUUGGGUAUGACAUGCAACAUGUGGGACUUUAGUUCCCCUCACUAGGGAUCAAAUCCAUACCCCCUGCACUGGGAGCACAGUCCUAACCACAGGACUGCCGAGGAAGCCCCAAGACCGACCCUCUAAGUAUCUCACUUUUCUAGUCCUUAAAGUGGGUGUCAUGACAGUCUGCCUUUGGAGUUCUUGUGAGAAUUCACAGAGGAAUGGGGAGAGAGGGAGGGGGCUUGAGAAACGUUGGCCAGCAGUUGACAUGCCUCCAGCCACCAAGCCUGUGGCCGGCUGCCUGGGGCCCUCUCAAGAACCUGGGGAGGAGGUGGGUCAAGGGCCCACCUUGACAGAUACAGAUAGAGAAGGCGAGGCUAGGUUGGUAAGCUGACUGAGCCCAACUCUAGUCAGGCCCGGUUCCAAAGUCACACUGAUUUCUACACGACCCCAGAAGUGGGACACAGUUACCACUGAUGAGAAAACCCAGGCACUCUCACCUUUUCCUGCACCUCCAAGGCCCUAGACACCUUUGGGAAUAUGGCCCUAGGCUCACCCUUUCCUGCAUCUCCAGGGGACCAGGGUCCCCCAGCGCCUAGAAGUCUUCCCCCUAAGGCCCUCAUUCAGCCCACCCGGAAUCCAGGCCAUGCCGUGCGUCACUUCCUAGUGUGUCAGGACCUUUCCAGAGAGACUCAGAGCCAACAUGUUGGCCCAGGUACCUGCCUCCCAACUCCAUCACCCACGUAGAUGCAACAGCCCCUCCCGUGGGUACAGUGGGUCCACGGUCCCCAUGCUCCCUGGGCCCCUCACUGGCCUCUGGAGCAAGCUGAAAGUGCUCUGAGGCCUGGGGAGUUGGGUCACUGGAAACUGCCUCCUACCCUCGUGCAUGUGUGUUCAGUCGCUCAAUGGUGUCUGACUCUGUAACCAGUAGCCUGCCAGACUCCUCUGUCCAUGGAAUUCUCCGGGCAAGAAUACUGGCAUGGGUUACCAUUUCCUCCUCCAGGGGAUCAUCCCAACCUAGGGGUCGAACCCACGUCUCUUGUGUCUCCCACAUUGGCAGGCAGAUUCUUUACUACUGCGCCACCUCCUACCCUCAUCCCCUCCCAACUCAUGUCCAAUCUUUGUCUGCUCGCUUGGGAAGUCUUACUGCUCCCAAUGUCCCCAGUGUGCCUUAUGGGCCUCUGCAGCCCCUGGCCUCUCUCUGGCCAACCAAGCUGUGACCUCAAAGAGGGUUCCUCCACAGCCCCACAACCUCAACUCCAAGAUGCCUGAAAGCAGUCCCUCUGAGUGCCCCAGCUCCGCCCAGCAGAGGGCGCUCAGGAGUGUCCAUCUGAAGGGAGGAUGAAUGAGGGGCCCGCGUGUCCAGGCAGGCACCCACCUUGUGCAGCUACCCCAGAGGGCGCAGGUUGGCCAGAGACUGCAGGUUCCCAGGCUGAGCAGCUCUGGGACACAGACCUCUUCAUCCUCAUCCUCAGCCUCCUACUUGGAGGGGAACCAGGAAUGUGACCUAACACCAGGAAUGUGACCCAGAGUGCAUGUUGGUCUGUGCAGGGCCCCAGAAUCCCCGAGCUCUGCUCUUAGAGCAGACACACAGGCGGAGUCACUGCCAACUGCUGUCUGUAGCCUUCUGGAAACUUCAAACAUCCCUGCUAGUCUAGGUGUGAUCCUUGGACCACAGUAUGGGCAUCACCUGGGAUGCUUCAGACUCUGACAGACCUGAGGCACAGCUCACACUUUAUCGGGAUCCCAGGGUGACUAGUGGACACCAGUUCUUUCCCAGCUUCACAUUAGAAUCACCCUGAGGGUAUGUAAGAAAUCCCCAGGCUCAGGCCACAACCCAGACCAAUUAAGUCAGAAUCCCUAGGAACAGACUUCCCUGAUGGCUCAGUGGUAAAGAAUCUACCUGCCAGUGCAGGGGACACGGGUUUGAUCCCUGGUCUAGGAGGAUCCCUCAUGUUGAGGAACAGCUAAGCCCCUGCACCUGUGCUCUAGAGCCUGGGCCCUGCAACUACUCAAGCCCCGCCCCAGCUCCCUAGAGCCUGUGCUCUGCAACAAGAGAAGUCACCACAAUGAGAGAAACCUGCACGCUGCAACUAGAGUAUCUCUGUGCUCUGCAACUUGAGAAAGCCUGCAGCAAAGACCCAGUGUAGCCAAAAAGUUUUAAAUUAAAAAAAAAAAAAAAAAAGGAUCUCCAGGAGUUUCUGUUCACCUCUGUGAACUCUUCAAGGGACCCCGAUGGUGUGGCCAAGCUGAGAAUCAGGGCUCUGCUCUCCCCCACUGGGUGUUUUCUCCUUUCUCUAUGAGCCCCAAGGUCACUGACCUCUUGGAAACCAAGCCAAGCCAUCAGGGUUUCCCUCCAGACAAGUGCUGGUCUUGUGCCCCACCUUUACCCCCCCUUUGCCGGCCUCCCAGCCACCCCCAUUUUCCUCCUUCCCUAGUCCUCUGGGAACCUGGACACUGCCCACCCAUCCGCCCAUCACCAAAUCUGCCACCCCGCCUGGGCCGUCGGCCUGUGUAGCAGCUGUCCCUGCAACAGGAAGUCCUGAGUCCUGCUCAGAGCUGGAAAUCGGGACUGCAGGGAAGUGUUGAAAUGAGGAAGGCAUCUUGAGGCAACAAGGGCCGGCAGGAGGGCCUCACCCACCCGGCUCACUCCGACUCCCGGACCCCACCCCGUGGAGCAGAAGCCACAGUCACUUCCUGAAGGCAGCGGUCCUGGCCUGGGUCCCACUUGCCUUGUGGUCCAUCGCCCUCCUGCAGCCAUGGGGAGUCAUCAGGACUUCCGGAGCCUUCAAGCAAAGUUCCAGGCCUCUCAGCCGGAGACUGGCGACCUCCCCAAAAAGCCCCCGAAGCCUGAGUUCCAGAAACUCUUCAAAAAGUUCCCACAGCCAGAGCUAGGCGAGCACCCCAAGAAGCCCCCACAGCCUGAGUUCACUGACCUGCCCAAAAAGCCCCCCAAACUUGAGUUCAGUGAACUCUCCAAGAAGUUCCUGCAGCCCGAGGCCACGCCGCUCCCCAGAAAGCCCGAGGUCCCUGAGGCCCCCUCUCAGAAGCCCCCGCAGCAGCCUGAGCUCAGCAACACCCCCAGGCCCCCCGUGGAGCCCAAGUUCAGUACUCUUCCUAAGAAGCCCCCGCAGCCUGAGUUCUGUGGGCUCCCCAGAAAGCCCCCGCAGCCCCAGGUCGGUGGCCUCACUAAGAAGCCCCUGCUGCAGCCCGAGUCCAGUGAGGUCCCUCCAGUGCCCCUCUUAAAGCCUGAAUUUGGUGAGCCCCACCCCCACUCCUCAGAGCCUAACUUCAGUACUCUUCCCAAGAAGCUCCCACAGCCUGAGUUCUGUGAGCUCCCCAGAAAGCCCCUGCAGCCUCAGGUCGGUGGCCUCCCUAAGAAGCCCCUGCUGCAGCCUGAGUCCAGUGAGGUCCCUCCAGUGCCCCUCUUAAAGCCUGAAUUUGGUGAGCCCCACCCCCACUCCUCAGAGCCUAACUUCAGUACUCUUUCCAAGAAGGCCCCGCAGCCUGAGUUCUGUGAGCUUCCCAGAAAGCCCCCGCAGCCUCAGGUCGGUGGCCUCCCUAAGAAGCCCCUGCCGCAGCCCGAGUCCAGUGAGGUCCCUCCAGUGCUCCUUUCAAAGCCCGAAUCUGGUGAGCCCCACCCCCACUCCUCACAGCCCGACUUCAGUACAUUUCCCAGAAAGAUCGCCCGGCCUCAGCUGAAUGACCUCCCCAAGAAGCCCCUGCCACCUGAGUUUGGUGACCUCACCAGGACGUCCUCGGAGCCGGAGGUCAGUGUGAUUCCCAAGAAGCCACGCCAGUGUGAGUUCAAGGCGCUCUCCAAGAAGCCCCCGCAGCCGGAGCCCGCCAGCCUCUCGAGGACGUCCUCGGAGCCCGAGUUCAGUGUGUUCCCCUCGAAGUUUCUGCAGCCUGAGUGUCGGGGCCCCCCGCGCAAGCUCUCACAGCCGGAGCCCGGUUCUCUGCCCAGGAACCUCCCAAGAAAGCCCCAGCUCCCUGGCUCCUUUUCAGAGAGCUCGCUGCCCUCUGCCGUGGCGGGCUCCAACCCCCGGGUCCUGCUCAGCCCAGGGUUUGGGGCACGGCUGCAGAGAUCAGGAGCCCUCGCUCGGAGUGCUGGCUCCAGGCUGGGUCUCAGACCUGGUCACCUGCCCCGGCGGAGGCCUCUACCCCCAGCCAGCAGCCUGGGCCCUCCCCCAGCCAAGCCCCCACUGCCCCCAGGCCCCAGGGACAUCCAGAGUUUCCGGAGAGCUGUGGCAGCAGACACAGCUCUGCCCAGGACCUCCUCUUCUGCUGGCCUCUACUUAAUCCCACAGGACCCAGACGAGGUGUACGAUGAUGUCGAGCCCACAGAACACUCUGGACCCGGCCCCAGGAGCAGAGAUGAAGUGUUGUCGGCUCAGCAGUACCCGUGGAGGCCACCUCAAAACCCAGAGCUCAGGAAGGAGAAGGCGCCCCUCCAGCCACCGCAGGUGCCACCCACAGACCUGAAGUCCCUGAAGCAGCUCCGGAAGGCAGAGAAAGCUGAGCGGGAAUUUCGGAAGAAGUUCAAGUUUGAGGGAGAGAUUGUGGUUCAGACGAGGAUGAUGAUCGACCCCAAUGCCAAGACUCGCCGUGGGGGUGGCAAGCACCUGGGGAUCCGGCGUGGGGAGAUCCUGGAGGUGAUCGAGUUCACCAGCAAGGAGGAGAUGCUGUGCCGGGACACCAAGGGCAAGUAUGGCUAUGUGCCUAGAACAGCUCUACUGCCCCUGGAAACAGAAGUGUACGACGACGUCGCUGCCUGGGAUCCUUUGGACAGCCAACCAUUGCCCUAGGGACAGUAAGGCUGCAAGUGUGGGGAUGAAUGGACAGCCCACCAGUCCAGUCACCUGCUAAUAAGGAGCCCUGGACCCCAGCGGUUGCCUGGGCUCCUGUCUGGCCACGUCCACAGACCACAUAAAGUCCCAGUUUUAAAGUGA